AUGGUAGACAAGAGUAUCGAUCGUCGUACUCGGUACCAACCACAAGCCCUCGCUCUAGCUGAGGAGAAAGACCCCAAAGUCUUCCAGUCACCAAAUUCCCUUGAGGAUGGCAGCCUUUCCCCUCGCAAUUCUCCGACCGAAUUUGAGCAAGAUCGGGAAAUACAAGGAAAAAGAAAAUUCAAUCGACUUGGCUGGAAACGCCUGACUAUAUGCCUCAUCGUGGAAGCCAUCGCCCUAGGCAGCUUGAGUCUCCCUGCGGCUUUUUCAACGCUUGGGAUGGUUGCCGGGGUCUUCUCGUCCAUUGUCAUCGGUCUCAUCGCCACUUAUGCUGGCUAUAUUGUGGGAGCCGUGAAGAUAAAGUAUCCGGAGAUUCAGAACUACCCCGACAUCGGGACAUUGCUCCUUGGAGAGACCGGCUUCUGGAUUAUAACCUGCGCUUUCGUUAUUGGUAUCAUGCUAGGUGUGGGAUCCCAUUGUCUGACUGGUAUCAUUGCCUUUGUGAGAAUCACAGAAAGUGAUGUUUGCACAGUGAUUUUUGGGUUGAUAUCAACUAUCAUCCUACUAUUGGCAGCAAUCCCGCCUUCUUUUGCAGACCUCGCCAUAUUGGGUUAUAUUGAUUUUGCAUCAAUCAUGAUCGCCAUCGGAAUUACUAUGACUGCCACUGGAAUCAAGAGUUCUCAAAGCCCUGGUGGUCUAUCGAGCUCAACAUGGUCAGCCUGGCCUAGGGAGGACGCAGAUUUCCCGAAAGUGAUGGUCGCUCUUAACAAUAUCGUCUUCGCCUAUUCCUUUGCGCCGACUUUACCAUCAUUUAUGGCCGAAAUGCAUACACCACGGGAUUAUGUCAAGUCGGUAUACGCAAUCGGGCUGAUAGAGAUUGUUCUUUACACAUUGAUUGGAUCUCUUGUUUUUUACUUCGUCGGUCAGGAUGUGCAAUCCCCUGCAUUACUAUCAGCUGGGCCUCUAAUGUCGAGAAUUGCCUUUGGUGUUGCCCUCCCAGUUAUCUUUAUCUCCGGUUCGAUCAAUACCUCCGUGGUUGCUCGAUAUAUUCAUGGCCAUGUCUAUCGGGACUCCGUGGUGCGUUACGUGAAUACCAAAAACGGUUGGAUUACCUGGAUCAUGCUCGUGACUGUCCUCACUUUCCUCUCGUGGAUCGUUGCCGAAGCUAUUCCGGUGUUUUCCGACAUGCUAUCUAUUACAGCUGCCUUGUUGAACUCGGGGCUCUGCUUUUAUGUUCCCGCGGUCAUGUGGUUUGUCCUUCUCAAAGAAGGAAAUUGGUUCUCACUGAAGAAUAUCAGAAGUGCCUUCUAUAACGGGGUCGUCUUUCUGCUUGGAAUAGGCAUUCUCGUUUGUGGAAUGUACGCCAACAUCCUUAACUUGGUAAAUGCGGACGAGCUCUAA